AUGGCGGACGAGGGGGCGGGUGCCCUGGAAGCUGCCGCUAGCCCACCGUCUGGGUCCGCGCAGGAGGGGUGCGAGCGCCUGGCCCCCGCGGCCUGGGUCCCGGGAGCUGGGGGACGCGGGGACCCCCACCCUGCAGCCGGCCCCGGGACCGCUUCACCUGCCCCAGGGCUUCGGGAAGUGGCCUCGGUGGCGACUGACCCAAGCCUGGAAAGCGGCCCCCACGGGGAUGAGACCCCAGAAACGUGUGGCGCAGAAGAGUGGGGGGCUCGGGCGGGGGCCGGUGGGAAGGCCGAGGAAGUGACGACUGAGGAGGGCGCCAUCUUCAUGGAGGAGGCGGCGGAGGAGGUGGAGAAGCAGCAGGUGGGGGAGGAGAGGCUGGAGGUGGGCGCGGAGGCACAGGAGGCCCCGAGGCCCCUAAACCUUGAUGGUCUCAUUGUGGACCCAUUGGAGGCCAUCCAGUGGGAGCUGGAAGUCCUGAGUGGCCAGGCCGACAGGGCCUACCUCUGGCUUGAGCGCAGUUUUGGGAGGAUGCGCCGGUUGCACCUAGCCCGCAGAAGCUUCAUCAUCCAGAAUAUUCCCGGGUUUUGGGUCACCGCCUUCCUGAACCACCCGCAGCUGUCAACCAUGAUCAGCCCCCGAGAUGAAGACAUGCUCUGCUACCUGAUGAAUCUGGAGGUGAGGGAACUCAGGCAUGCCAGGUCAGGUUGCAAGUUCAAGUUCCGCUUUUGGAGCAACCCCUACUUUCAAAACAAGGUGAUAGUGAAGGAGUACGAGUGUAGGUCUUCAGGCCGGGUGGUGUCCAUUGCAACUCGGAUCCGAUGGCAUCGAGGUCAGGAACCCCCAGCCCUGGUUCAUAGGAACAGAGACACAGUGCGAAGCUUCUUCAGCUGGUUUUCACAGCACAGCCUCCCAGAGGCCGACAGGGUUGCCCAGAUCAUCAAAGAUGACCUGUGGCCUAACCCCCUGCAGUACUAUUUGCUGGGGGAUAGGCCCCUCAGAGCCAGGCGAGGCCUAGCAAGGUGGCCCACAGAGGCCCCACCUCGGGCCUCCAGGUUCCAGUCUGGCUGAGUCCUACAGAGACUCCUUUCCACCUCCUGUGGACCUAGGUUAGGCCCACAGUGGGUGCCCUGCUGUCUGCCUUCUCUUUUGCACCCUUUGGCUCCUCUGGAUGUUCAAUGGACUCAGCUCCUAGACUGUGGCCUUCGUGGCCAAUCUCUGCAGUUUCCAUGUGAACUUCAUGCUGUUCUCUGUCAACAUCACAUGACUGAAACAUGCCACUGCAUUUACUCCAGCAYGUCCAGUGCUGUCCAUGUAUC